UUCUCUAGCAACACUACAGUUCUCUCAGCGACUCAGCCCACAAUAACACGUGCGCAACAUGAAAACAAAUGGUGAUGGCGAAGAUCCACUUAGAGAUGAAGACAUCUAAGUUCAAGCUUGUAGGAGACCGGAUUUCACAGAAGGGCGAAGGCUAUUGGUUACAGUGUGCAUCCAUGAAUUAUACGCAAAUAAGAGCAUCUUUUGUUUAGUAAGAGGCACUUCAAUCGGUUGAUUACUUGAUUACCGUUCAAAUAAGAAAUUCGCCUCUUUUUUAUAAAAUUAGGGGUGGAUUGAGGCGCGUAAGAUAAUUCCAUCGUUGUAGACCUCAACUGCUGCGGUAGUUCAAGAUGAAGUGAUGUAAAUUAGUAGUUCAAGACUGCGCCUUUGUUAAGCGUAGUUAUUGGACCGCAACUAUGAGACCUUGGCGGGGAAUGUUCAAAUUUUCCCGGAAAUGCCUGAUUGCUACCGCUGUAUUGGGCGGCGCGACAGCCGUCACAUUCCAAGCCCGGAACCCUAUUCCUAUCCUUUCUCCCACGGACUAUCCUUUCAUCAACGGUGCAGUUCGGUCCUCCCGCGCUCUUUUCACAAUAACUUCGAAUGUGGUGGACUACGUGUAUUCUUUGCACGGCUCGACUCAGAACACUGAGGAGUAUUUGCGCGCGCUUUCUGAGGUACAUCUGAGGUCUGCAAAGAGACUACUGAAACUAUUUGAAGCCAACAAAGGUGUUUAUGUCAAAGCUGGUCAGUUUGUUGCAUCAGUGCGUGUCAGGACAAUUCCUAAAGAGUACUCAUCAACACUGUCAUCUUUGCAAGACCAGGCUGUUCCUUAUCCUUUUGAUUCAAUCAAGGAAGUACUGAUCAACAGUUUGGGUCCAAAUUUAUCAGAGAUAUUCUUUUCAUUUGAUGAGCAACCGUUUGCAGCAGCUUCUGUUGCUCAAGUACACCAUGCUGUGUUGAGAGAUAAUAAAGAAGUAGCAGUUAAGGUGCAAUAUCCAGGACUAGAGUACCAGAUGAAAUUUGACCUUGCAACAAUGUCUUUUCUCUCCAAAUCUGUUUCAUGGUUUUUCCCAGAAUGCAGGUUUGAGUGGCUGGUAUUGGAAUUUAAGCAAUCCAUUACUUCCGAGCUUGGUUUUAUAUUGGUUAUGAGUGUUCCCAAGGAGGAGGUCACAGGUUCGAAUCCCAUCCCAGUUCAAGGAUGUUGGCAUUAACAAUGAGCAGAUACUAUAUAGAUUUCAUUGAAGAGGCAAAGAACCUCGAGAUAAUGUUUAAAAACUUCAAAAACAACCGCAUGAUUAGGAUUCCUCAAGUUUUUUGGGAUUUCACAACAAGCAAUGUUUUGACGAUGCAAUUUUGUAAGGGACACAAGGUCGAUGAUUUGGACUUUUUGCGGCAGAUGGGGAUAAAUCCAUCUAAGGUCGCAAAAGCCUUAGCGGAGGCCGUUUCAGAAAUGAUAUUUCUCCAUGGUUUUCUACACGGUGAUCUACAUCCUGGUAAUAUACUAGUUUUCCCAGAAGGAUGGAAUGGUUUUUCUCUAGUUCUUUUGGAUUUUGGGAUUUGCAAGAAAUUGGAUGAAGCUUUCAGAAUGAACUUCUGCCAACUAUGGGAGGCUUUAAUAUUCAAGGAUUCUAACAAGAUCCACCAGCUGGGUGAUUAUUUUGGUGUUGGGAGGUAUUCCAGAUACUUCCCUGUCAUAUUUACCGGAAGAACAAUUGAGAGUAAAUCACCACUUUCGAGGGGAAUGUCAGAUGAAGAAAAGAAGAACCUAAAUAAGGAAUUGAAGUCUCUCAGAAUAGAAGACAUAUCUUCAUUUAUGGAAUCACUACCUAAUGAAUUUCUUACGGUAUUACGCACCGAUGGCCUACUAAGAUCUUUGAUGAAUAAGUUGGGUGCUUCCCAGCAAAUGCGGCUGCUGGCAUAUGCUAAAUUUGCACUUCAAGGUAUCUCUCUGAAGUGCGAUUCUGGAUCUGAAUCUGCAAUUGAAGAAGUCUACUUACGGUUCAAGAACGGGAUUCGAUACAUUCAACUGAGAUUACUUUUUGCAAUGCUGAAUCUGAUAUCUUGGAUAGACAACAUCCAACAUGCGUCAGCUGAAUAUUUUAAAUGUAUCCUUUCUUCAGUAAGCAGUGCAGUGAGAUAUGCAUUACCCUCAACACACUGAGGUGGCGCCCCUUCACCUGUAUUGUGCUCCUUACCAAGAUAUGCAUUUCCUCCCAAGAAUGUUGUCUUUUUUACUAGUAGCUUUCCCAUUACUCAGAAUUUAGUUUGUAGUCAUUGAAUUGUUUAAUUAUUUUGUUAGCCUAUCUAACUGAGCAUAUGAGGGAUCAUUCAAAUUUUAGAGUGUCAUCAAAUUAUUGACACAUUAGUAGUAUGUCACGUUUCUCUAGCUUUUUUACUUUGAUUUUCCCAUCUCAUGGACUUGCAAUUGUCCCGCAAACACAAUAAGUAGAAAAAAAUGUAUAAAAGAAACGGUACUUGGUGAAACUGAAAUUAAG